UGAGGAGGAAGGCGGGACCAACGCGCGGACCGGCCAAUCAGAUGCGCCGUCAGCAGGAGUGCCAGCCAAUCGGAACAGGGAGGGGGGGUCCAGGACUAGGAAGAAACGGCGGCCGGGAGGGGGCUGCCGGGACCAUGGGGCUUCUGACCAUUCUGAAGAAGAUGAAGCAGAAGGAGCGGGAGCUGCGACUGCUCAUGCUUGGCCUAGACAAUGCAGGCAAGACCACCAUCCUCAAGAAAUUCAACGGGGAGGACAUUGACACCAUCUCCCCCACGCUGGGCUUCAACAUCAAGACCCUGGAACACCGGGGAUUCAAGCUGAACAUCUGGGAUGUGGGCGGCCAGAAGUCACUGCGGUCUUACUGGCGGAACUACUUUGAGAGCACUGACGGCCUCAUCUGGGUGGUGGAUAGCGCUGACCGCCAGCGCAUGCAGGACUGUCGGCGGGAGCUGCAGAGCCUGCUGGUGGAGGAGCGCCUGGCUGGAGCGACCCUCCUCAUCUUUGCCAACAAGCAGGACCUGCCAGGAGCACUGUCCUCCAGCGCCAUCCAAGAGGCCCUGGAUCUGGAGUCCAUCCGCAGCCACCACUGGUGCAUCCAGGGCUGCAGCGCCGUCACCGGGGAGAGCCUGCUGGCCGGCGUCGACUGGCUCCUCACCGACAUCUCCAGCCGCAUCUUCACCACCGACUGAGCAGCCCCGAGCAGCGCGCCCGGCCCUCUGCGAGCACCACCGUGGGAGGGGAACGGGCGCGGCCCCCGCCCAGCUAACACUCCCAGCGCCUGCUGCUGCUCCUGCUGCCCCCGUGGCGGGAGGGCUGCCC